CAAGGGAGAGGGAGGGAGGAGAGCGAGUGCGCAAAGGCACAGCAGCACCAGCGGUGGCAGCAGCGUCAAUGCAUCUGUGAGUCUUCGAAUCGGCUGUCUUGAGCUGCCAGUCCUCUGUACGUUUCAGGUUGACAUUUCAGAGCGCAAGGUCUUGAGGAGCCUCGCCAUCAACCGACACACUUUCGGAGCUCAGCGUUUAUUAUUAGCUCCGCUCUAAGAGACUAUUAUCACGACCCUAUUCUAUUUAUGCCAGUUUCUUGAAUAUUUAAUGGAAAAUGGCGAUCUGCGCUCAGUCCUACGGUAUAUUCUGUCUGUUCUCAAUCCAAACUAUCCUCAUCAUCAGUUUAUCUUCGCCGGCAACGGGGAGCCUCCGCUUUCCCCAACACUACACAAUGAUGCAUUGGGCAGGCCGCAUUGAGAAGGAGCUGGAGAAGACUAUACAGUUGGUCACUGGAACCCAGCAGAUAAGAGGGAUUUACAAUGAGAAGAAGAGUCAGUUUGACAUCAAGAGGAACAAUCCCAAGGACCUGGUGGAGAGGGUGGCACGAGACAUCGCCAAGCUGCUCACUAGCAAGAGGAGAGCCCUGGAGAGGCUGGCCAGGGAGGCGGAGCAGCUGCAGACAGAUUUUCCCUGGCUGGACAGUAUCAAGGAGAGCGACAUGGAGUACUAUGAUUCGAAAGCGGAAUCAGACUAUACGGAGGACGGAGAUGGGGAAGAGAACCUGAUGGAGAACCCCUACUCCAUGAAGCUGGAGUUUGUGGACGAUCCCAACUUUAAAAACAAGGUCAACUACUCCUACAGUGCCGUCCAGAUCCCCACAGACAUCUAUAAGGGCUCACCAGUCAUCCUGAAUGAGCUGAACUGGACCCAGGCUCUGGAGAGGGUUUUCAUUGAUAACCGCCGGGAGGACAGCUCUCUGCGCUGGCAGGUGUUCGGCAGCGCCACGGGGGUCACAAGAUACUACCCAGCCACUCCAUGGAGAGCACCCAAUAAGAUUGACCUGUAUGACGUCCGCAGGCGGCCAUGGUAUAUCCAAGGGGCAUCAUCUCCCAAGGACAUGAUCAUCAUCGUGGACGUGAGUGGCAGUGUCAGUGGACUCACUCUGAAACUGAUGAAGACGUCGGUCAUGGAGAUGCUAGACACUCUGUCAGAUGACGACUACGUGAAUGUAGCCAGGUUUAACGAGAAGGCUGAUGCUGUCGUCCCCUGUUUUAAGACCUUGGUCCAGGCCAACAUGAGAAACAAGAAGAUCUUCAAGGAGUCUAUCAUGCACAUGCAAGCCAAAGGAACCACUGACUACAAGUCUGGCUUCCAGUUCGCCUUCGAACAGCUACUCAAUGAUACCGGCGCCCCGAGGGCGGGCUGCAAUAAGAUGAUAAUGAUGUUUACAGAUGGAGGAGAGGAUCGUGCACAGGACAUCUUUGAGAAGUACAACUGGCCCAACAAAACAAUUCGAGUAUUUACCUUUUCAGUCGGGCAGCACAACUAUGAUGUCACCCCCUUGCAGUGGAUAGCUUGUGCCAACAAAGGAUUCUACUACGAGAUUCCAUCCAUUGGAGCCAUCAGAAUUAACACGCAGGAGUACCUGGAUGUGCUGGGUCGGCCCAUGGUGCUGGCUGGGCCCAAGGCCAAACAGGUCCAAUGGACCAACGUCUACCAGGAUGCUCUGGGUCUGGGUCUGGUCAUAACUGGGACCAUGCCAGUCUUCAACCUCACCGCUGAUGCAAACUCUCAGACGCAGCUUGUCCUUGGUGUCAUGGGAGUGGAUGUUGCAAUCAACGAAAUUAAGAGGAAGACACCAACAUACAGGCUUGGAGCCAAUGGAUACACCUUUGCGAUCGACCAAAAUGGCUAUUUGCUCCUGCACCCCAACCUGCAACCUAAGGUAGGAUCAAGACUGUCCUCUAUGCAUCCCAUCCUGCAACCUAAGAUCAUUAACUUCAGAGAACCUGUCACCCUGGACUUCCUGGAUGCUGAGCUAGAGGACAGUAAAAAGGAGGAGAUCCGUCGAGAAAUGAUUGAUGGCAAAUCAGGGCAAAAGAAAAUCAAGACUCUCAUUAAGUCAGUUGAUGAGAGGUACAUUGAUGAGGCCAUGCGGACAUACACCUGGACACCAGUGGAGGGCACAGAUUACAGUCUAGGGCUGGUACUGCCCACAUACAGUGAGAACCACAUCAAGGCUAACCUGAGUGACCAGAUCCUGCAGGUGCAGUUGCAAUACACCAAGGAUUUUGAAUCUCUGCUGCCAAACAGUUUUGAGUCUGAAGGACAUGUAUUCAUAGCUCCCAGGGAAUACUGCAACGAGCUAGAGCUCUCCAACAACAACACUGAGUUCCUGCUCAACUUCAUCGCUCUCAUGGAGAAGGUGACACCUGACUCCAAACAAUGUGACAACCUGCUCCUUCACAACCUCAUCCUGGACACUGGCAUCAUCAGACAGCUGGUGGAGAAGGUGUGGAAGACCAAAGACCUCAACACAUAUGGCUUUCUGGCGGUGUUUGCUGCAACAGAUGGAGGGAUUACAAGAGUGUUUCCCAACAAGGCUGCUGAGACCUGGGAAGAGGACCCUGAGCCUUUUAAUGCCAGCUAUUACCGCCGCAGUCUGGACAACAAGGGCUACAUCUUCAGAGCGCCUUAUCGCACCGUGAAUGAUGAGCUGCUGAACCCAGAGAACGACACCAUAGGAAUCCUGGUCAGCACUGCAGUGGAGAUCACAGUGGGAGGGAAAACCAUCAAACCUGUAGUGGUUGGAGUAAAGCUGGAUCUUGAGGCCUGGGUGGAGAAAUUCAAGAUCCUGGCUAGCAACCAAACAAGUCCAACAAGUGACAACCGCCAAGUCCAACAAACGUGUGGACCAACCAGUGGCUGUGAGAUGGACUGUGAAGCCAACAGCGAAGACCUUCUUUGUUACCUGGUGGAUGACGGUGGUUUCCUGAUCAUGUCCAAUCAGAAGGAUCACUGGAACAAGAUUGGCAUGUUCUUCAGUGAGGUGGACCCCUACCUGAUGCAUGCUCUCUACAACAACUCCUUUUACAACCGGAAGCAGUCCUUUGACUACCAGUCUGUGUGUGACCCCGUGCCAAGCAGCAACACCGGGGCUGCACCAAGAGGAGUCUUUGUGCCCACCAUUGCAGACUUUGUGAACCUGGCCUGGUGGUCAUCAGCAGCUGCCUGGUCCCUAUUUCAGCAGCUGCUCUAUGGAAUGGCCUACCACAGUUGGUUUGUCACAGAUGAGGUAGAGGCAGAGGGGAUGGACUCCAGAGAGACCAGCUGUGUGACGAUACAGACUCAGUUCUACUUCACUAACAUCAACAGCUCCUAUGACAUCCUGCAAGACUGUGGCAACUGCUCCAGGCUGAUCCAUGCCAAGAGGUUAAACAACACCAACCUCCUGUUUGUGGUGGCAGAGAAGAUGCCCUGCAACACCUGUGAGGUGGAGAAACUGUCCCAGGCGGAGACAGAGUUCAAGGAGGAUAACCCAUCAUGUGAGGACAUGAGUGCAGCGAGGUAUCGAAAAGGGCCCGCUGUGUGCUACGACUACAAUCUUUCUGAGAACACAUCAGACUGUGGGCGGGGCCACUCCUUCCGCCCCUCACUCCAGACCCUGCUCAUGAUUCAGCUCUUCCUCCUCUAUCCAAUCGCCAGCCCCCAUAUUCUGCCCCUUUUACUUUAAUUUUCCUCCAGUCUGCUCUCCCCAGCUCUUUGUCCAUCCUAACGCUCCCACUCUCUCCCCUCUAUGCUCCGCCCCUGCUCUAGUCAUAGGUUAUAAUGGGACUUCCUGUCACUGCAACUUGGAAGCCCUGAGUACCGCGCUACUGUACCCAGCUAGCUUCAAUUGUUGUUGCUUAGUGACAGUUCCAGGACAUUUGUGUUCUCAGCGAGUUGCGUACCUUCAUCAAUGGGAAGAGAUUCAGAAGGUUGGUGUUCCAACCACCACAAUUAUCAGAGGCUAUGUCAGAAAAGAAAAAAGACCCCAUCCCCACCCGCAUCAACAAGACGAGUGACAAGUGAAAAGACAAGUUGGAUGCCGUGUCACAGAGCUCCAACCGUCAUGGAAACAGCAGAGUUUAGGUUGUCUGUUUGUGCCUCUGUUAGUCAGAUGGGAUGAGGAGACAUGGCCUCCAUCUCGCUCACUCAUCUCUGACCUGAUCAGUUUCCUCGCUCUGUCAUGUGUCUCUCAUAGGGGGUUACUGUACGGACCAUUCAGACAUUCAUAGCUACUGUAACAAUAACAUUAAGGAGAAAAAUAACUUUCAAGUAUACAAAAACAUACAAUUAUAAACUGUUGAAGUGUUGAGUAUUCAAAGCACAUGUUAGGGUAUCAUUUGCAAUGAAAGUUGUUACAUUAAUUUAUUUAUGCACUAUAUCUACUUCUUGCCAAAAUGAGAGACUUUCAUGUGGUCUUGUUUUUAUAACCAAGUGAGAGGAAAAAGAGAAACCCAGAAAGGAAAGCUGGAGAAAUAGUGUUAGGAAUAUCUGAGUUGCCUGAAUUCCAAUUCUUCUUGUAUACCUCUACUGUUCUCCACUUGAAGUUAGAACUGUUUCUGCCCCUGGAAGCACAGUAUUAGAUUUAUAAUCAUGAUAACAUGGAACUAUUCUAUGAAAUAGUAGUCUUACAAAGAAUACAUUUUGUCACGUUGUAUAAAUGAUUGGAGACAGGCGCAGGAAUACAUAAUAGGGGGUUUUAAUACUCCACCCAAAAAUACAACAUGCCAUGAGAGGCACGGGGACAAAGCCCAAAACAAACAUGUGUACAAAAACACAGGGAUGUAACCCAAACAAAAGAGUGAGGUCUCUAAUAAAUACACAGGAUGAGACCCGCAAUACACUACACAGGACGAAACCUAUAACAACAAAUGCACAACAAUACACGGGACCCGUUAAUAACGAGUACACAAUACACGCAGAAAGCCGAAGCAACAAAGCACAGGUACUCACAAGACCAACAGACAUGGGAACAAUAACCGACAAGACAUUGGUAAACAGAGGGCACAUAUAUACAAUUACUAAUCAGGAGAAUGGGAAUCAGGUGUGCAUAAUGAGACCGUUCAGUGGCACCUAGAAGCCGGUGACGUAGACCUCCGGAACUGGUGCACGUAAUGAGCAGCAGUACCGGGGGAAUCCGUGACACAUUUGAUUAUCAUAGUUGACUGAUGUUAGUUAAUGAAUUGGUAAUUAUGUGUCCAUCAUCAUAGAUGACUGAUAUUAGUUAAUGAAUUGGUAAUUAUGUGUCCAAAUCAGACAAAGCAAAUUAUAACUUUCGCCCUUACAAAAAUAAUUCAAAUACUAGGCUACACCAGUUUAUUAUGAAUCGAUAUUAAGCCUCUGAAAAGUCUGUGCGUUUGGGCUUCAUUGCUGUAGGCGGUGUGUACUUUCCCACUCUCCACAGACUAAUUGAAUCGUUGUUUACACGUCAUUUCAACAAAAUUACAUUGAACCAACGUGGCAUAGAUGUGGAAUUGACAACUGUGCCCAGUGGGAUCCUUUCUGAUCAGUGGACAUUCUGACGGACCUCUACUCCUAACCCAGUGAAAGCUAACCCCUCUGCCAAUCCUCAUACAGGUCCGCUCCACCAGGUCCACUAAUGUUCCUAGGACUAUAUUUGUAUGUGUUUAAUAUCUGUUGUCACCACAGCAGAGCAGAUAUACUCAAAUCUAUUCAGACUGGCCCAUAAGUAUCUCGUUUUAGUUGCAGGUAGGUUUUGGCAGAACUUAGCUUGUAUUACCUUUGACAGACGCUGUGUAACUUCAGACCAUUUGCUAUUGGGGGAUUGGGGCUUAACAUUUCCCACAUAAAGGAAUGCAGCAUAGGCCACUACAACUUACUGUACGGUGACGACUGAGCUGCAGUCUGAGUUUUCUGUUACAUGUCAUUCUGAUCAAUUUGAAGUGAAAUGUCAUUAGACUCCAUGUUUAGGAGCCACUUUCUGUUGUCAUAGUGCCUUGAUGCACUUUGUUUUGGAAAGCAUUGUCUCUUGAGCUACUGUACAGUACCUUUAUAGAAGAGGAACCUUAAUGGCUGUGGAGCUACAGGAUCUUUAUAGAGCAAGUCUGUUGGCUAUACAGUAUAUCUACGGUAGCUUUAUAGAGACACCAUAUUGACUAGACGUUAUUGUAGCUCAAUGUAGACUUUCGAUUGGCUGUGGCUCCUGGCUGCUGUACAAUUCCAGGGCUACCUGAUUGCUACCAGAUAGAGUUGCUGUACAGUACCUUUACAGAGCCAUCUAUAGAGCUAAACUAUCAGUAUAAAUCGACUUAACUGGUCAUAGAUCUACCUUUAUAGGGUCACCUGACCGCUAUCAUUGCGUUUCUGUCUGAACCGUAUGUGCGUUUGUGUUUGUGUAUGGGUGUAUGUUUGUUUUAACCCUCAGAGGGAAUGUCUUUAAAACUGGGUUGAGAGGAUGGGGAAUGACAGUUGUGGUAGCGUAGCUGUUUGUUGUUCCAAUUCCAAUGGAAGAAGUGUUAUAUCAGAUGUUGUUAUGGAGGGGAAAAAAUUAUUUUACAAAAAAAAAAAGAAUCCAAUUUUGUCUCACCUGUUUGCUCAAUAUAUUGUCAUGAGGGUGCAUACUGCAUACUGUAUGUGACCACUGUAUUCACAGAGGUGUUCAAAAAUAAUGUUUAAUAUGUCCGUGUGUUUCUGUUUCAAAGGAUACAUAGUGACUAAGCCUCUCUAAAUGCCUUAGUGUUUCAGUGUUCUCCCUCUUACACACACUCGCGCACGCACGCACGCACGCGCACGCACACACACACACACACACACACACACACACACACACACACACACACACACACACACACACACACACAGUGAGCCUCCCAAAUAUUCACUUUCUCCACAGACUUUCCCAAUCCAGAAUGUUGCACUCUGGAUUUAAAGAGGUUUAGGUUUUGAUGUGUCCGUCGAUAUAAAAUGGUGUGAGUUUCUUGUACACAUUGCUGCUUGGAGUGGAGGACUUUCAUAGUUUACAUUGACUUUGAAUCUGUAUUGACUCUGAAAUCCCUCUACCCCGCCUCACUGUUAACGUGAAUACAACAUCUAAACCCCAAAACCUCCUUUACUGUAACCAUAAAUACACACAAUGUACAGUGAACAAUAUAAUUAUUGGCAAGACAAAAUGUUUAGUAACUGCAUAAUUAUAUUUUUUAUUUUAAACUAGGCAAGUCAGUUAAGAACAAAUUCUUAUUUACAAUGACAGCCUACCCCGGCCAAACCCGGACGAUGCUGGGCCAAUUGUGCGCUGCCCUAUGGGACUCCCGAUCACAGCCGGUUGUGAUACAGCCCGGGAUCGAACCCAGGUCUGUAGUGACGCCUCUAGCACUGGAAUGCAGUGCCUUAGACCGCUGCCCCACCCAGGAUCCCUAUCUCAGUGAAAGACUGGACCAAAUAGAAACUCAGAAUCUGACGUUUGCAAUUGUCUCCUUUCAAUGUUUGGGUUCACCAUUUUUUAAAUUCCUCGUAUAGAUAGUCCUGUUGCAUUUUAUUGUUUUAUUAUAUCACAGCAUUUGUUUGUCCCUCUGUAGAUCUCCAAAUUUACCAAAUUUACAUUCGCUGUGGAAAUGUACCCCCUGUGACUUCCUCUGGCUCAGCAGCAGACACAAGCACUGACAAAUUUACACAUUCAGACAUGCAGUUACACCCUUAUGCACCCACAUGCACAAAGCACACACAUGUAACACUAACAAUUAUACCUACACAUGCACAGCUGGGGGAUGUUCAGCUCUAGACUGAAGUAAGCCAAGGAUGUCUAUUCCCUGUGUGGGAUGUCAGAGGCUAGCUCAGGGAGUGGGUCUCCACAGAACAGCAUGGGACUGUGUCAAACAAAAGGUAAAAGAAUCAUGAUUUGUACGUCUAUGUGUCCCAGAAGGGGACCCAAUCGUGUGCUGAGGGACACAGGUCGGUUUUCUGUGGUUUGAAAAUUUUACUUUUUGCUCAACAAAAAAAAUAAGGGGAAAAAAGGGCAAGUUUGGGGUGAGAGGACCGGGUCUGCUUUACAGCCAGCCCUAAAGGGAGGGUCUUCACGUGGCCCUGCCCCUGCCUACCCUUGCGGUGUCCGUGCGUCUCUGUGGGAAAGACACGUGUGUAUGUGAUUCUGUAGUCUGUAGUCUGGUGCUAUGUGACCAUGUUUGACAAAUGUGUAAAAAAAAAAAUCUGUAACAAAAAAAUUAUAAAUUCAGUCAAAUUCUAAGUGAAGUAAAAAAAAAUGGAAUAAAGUAAAGAUAAGUUUGAGAUCUAAACUGUUUUUAUUUUUAAAAAAUGUUUGUGGGUGUCUGAGUGUGUAUGUGUGUGCGCGGAAGAUUUAGCUCCCUCUCUCUGGGCAUUGGUCCAUGUCGCUCCAUUCUUUUGUACUGAUAAAGCAAAAAAAAAAAGAAGAGGGUAAAAUUUGUAAAAUAUUGUGUCUGUGACUCCUUGUAAAAUAUUUUCAAAUUGUUUAUUACAGAGAAUCAGUUAUUAAAUAAUGUUCAUAUUUUUCACUUCA